AUGUAUUUGCAUUCAAUAUAUGAUCUUCCUUCCUGUAGCUAUUUUCAUGAAGGGCAAAAUGGUACAUUUCUCUUUUUAAUUUUACCGCUCAGUAUAAUUAUAACAAUUCAUGUUAGAAAAUUAUCUUGUCUUUUCAUACAUUUUUAUCACUCAACAUUCUCACCCUUUUAUUUACUCCCCUUAAAUUUUAUUAUUUGUUAUAAAAUCCUGACAGAGGCUAGGGAUGAAAUCCUGACGGAUGUUCCAACGGCUCAGGAGGGAAGUCCAUCUUUCAAAUCUCAGCCGCAGCUUUGGACGCAGGGUCACAACACCGCGAGAAGGCGAUUUAGUGACGUAGUUCCCUUGGAUAACUGGUACAUCGCGGACUUAGAUUUCGAAGAGGUUACUGCAGCCAUUCGCGAAGAUGGGCGGGAAGAUGACUUCCAAAAGGAAGACGAUCCGAACUGUCCUCCAAUCCAUUUUACUACAGCGGAGAAGAGAAAAUUCAGCCAGGAUUGGCAUUCAGCGCUGGUCGUGAAGGUUUUCGGGCGUUCUAUAUCCUAUACUGCGAUCUCGCGCCGUCUGAACAUGAUAUGGGCUAAGGCAGGAGGCAUCCAAGUCACUUCGGCAAAGAAUGGCUAUUAUUUUGUGCGUUUCACCAGUGGUAUAGAUUACGAAAGGGCAAUCACUGGAGGUCCGUGGAUGAUAGGGGACAACUACCUGACAGUGCAUACUUGGGACAAACACUUCAACCCCUACCAGCAUGAAAUAUCGUCAACCUUAGUUUGGGUCAGGCUCCUCGAUAUACCAAUUAACUACUUCCAUCUGGAGGCAGUUAUGAAUAUAGGGCAGCGGAUCGUGAAACCUUUGCGAGUUGAUGAGGCCACCAGAACAGGAGCACGUAGUGAUUAUGCGAGGGUCUGUGUUCAAGUCGACCUCACCAGGCCAUUACUCUCACAAUUUCGUAUUGAUGGAAUUAAAUAUUUCAUUCAAUACGAGGGGCUCGAAAAGAUUUGCCUUCAGUGUGGGACGUAUGUUGCUAAUGGUCAUUGUCGGUGUGCUAGACCCGUGGAGCCUAUGGAAACUGAAAAUCCGGUUAACGAGAAGGAACCACGGACCAGACCGAGUUUAUGGUGA